AUGGACGCACAACAGCAGAUGCAAGAGCAGCUCCAGGGCGCUGACAUUGCCAAGGUCCUACGAGAGCAAGGACCCAUUGUCAAGUGUGUCGUGUUGCGUGCCACAAGCAAUGACAAUGAUGACAAGGACAAAAAGUCAGCGGCCAAUGACGCUGUGAACAAUCAUGAUUUGGUGGAAGAAAUGGAACUGGAUACAACCCCCAAGAAGAACGAAUGCGAAACCAUCCUGGGAGGUCCCUUCACGUUUGUCGGACAGUACGAAGAAGAGGGAAUCAUGUUGAUGGCCAAGCGUGGAUGGAUCGAUCCUGAUGACGACGACGACGAGGAAGACGACAAUGACAAGCCUCCUCAACACUUGUUGAAUCCUCACAAACUCCAGCCUCCGUUUGACGCCACCAAAAUUUACGGAGAUAUUCUCGUCAUCAAGGUGGCUGAAGUGGCCGAUCCAUUGGAUGAUGAUGAAGGAGAAACAACCAUCAAGACUGCCGUCCCACCCACAGCGUCCAAUGACGAAUUCUUUUUGGAUUACACCAAGGAGCAAUACUUGACAUUUUCCGCUCGAACCGAUGUGGUGGCUCCGGCAUUGCCUCCUCCUCCCGUCGACAAUGAGGAGGAAGAGGAAGAUGAGGAUGAGGAUGAAGAAGACGAAGAAGAAUGCGAGGGAGAGUCGGAUGACGAAGAGGACGAGGAAUCCGCCAAGGCCGCCAUGAUGGAGCUGCUCUUGACAAAUGUAUUGAAACAAUUCCGGGAACGAAAUGGACGAGGACCGUCCACGGAGGAACUGCUGGUGCUCAAAAAGACAAUCGCAGAAAAGCUGUUUAUGGAAUUGCCCGACGAAGAACCACCAGCAGAAGAGGCAAACGAAGAAGAGCAAGACACCACAACCUCCAAGCGGGAAAAUGAAGCCAAGGAAGAUGAUGCCGAUGAACCAAAAAAGAAAAAGGUCAAGUUUGGAGAAGGAACAACCAAGGAUGACGAAGACCCAAAGGCCAUUCUUGCUCAGUAA